AUGGCUGCUCCAGAAGACGGUGAAGCGUGCGGGAGAAGGAAGUACCGGAGGAGGCGCGAAGCGCAGAAGAAAGGCGGCAAAAAGGAACAGAUGACUGAGGAACCCAAAGAAAUGAGGCAUCUACAGAACCCGUAUCCAACCUUGGGAGAAAAAGGAAAAACGAAAAGGAAGGAAUACCCAUGGGAAAAAAUAAGAAAGGAAAAGGAGACCCAUUUCUAUGAUGAAAUAAAUCUGAGUAAAAGCGAUAAAAUGAGGAGUAUUAACGAUCCCUGGGAAGGAAAACACAGCAAAGGUAACAGUAUGGUAGUGGGACACACAGAAAUAACGUUAACAAACGGGGACAACACAAGUACAAACAAAUGGGGUACUCCUCAUAUACAGAAACAAACGAACGGUGAACGAGAGGUUCAGGGGGGAGAGAUGUCCUUGUGGAAGGAAAAAACAACAUGGAGAGAGGUCACUGCUGAACAAGAGAAGCCACAAGAACAGGGGAUAGAAAGUUAUUUCUCCACGAACAGUUUGCAGAGGGCACAAAUGCAGAUCGAUCGGUGGUUAGACAUGUGGGUGAAAGUAGGGGUAGACAUAACGAAACUCACAAGGAAUGAUCACGUACAAAGUAUGAGAGAAAAAGCGGUCAUGAUGCUGGUAAGGUGGGUAGCACAUGUUAGGGAUGAAAAAAGAUACUACUCAAGUGAUACUGAAAAAAAAAUUGAAGUUAGCAAGGAAGAAAUUGAUCAAAAGAUCGACAGUGAACAGAAGAAACUCAAACAAGGUAGAAGGAGGAUGCGAGGGAGAAUGGUUAGGAGGACUAACAGGAGGAAACAAAGAAUUCAGGAACUUAAGCUGGAACAUAAGAGAGUUAAACAGAAGUACUACGAUAUUUCGAAGACGAAAAAACAUGCACAAGUAAUAACAACAAGUAGGAAGGGAUAUUUGUGGAUGCACGAAUGGUUCGAGAUUAUGGUGAGGGGGUAUAUUCGUUGGCAGUAUGACAUAUGGGGGCAGGACAUGUGGGCUCUUUAUGGGGCUCAGAAGGGGGAGGAGCAGAUGAGGGAGGAGCAGAAGUGGGAGGAGCAGAAGUGGGAGGAGCAGAAGGGGGAAGGGGAGGACACCGAUGGUGCCCAGAAUAAGUUGAGCGACGAAAUGAUUACUCAGGGUGAAUGUACCCAGGACGUGAUUGACGAGGAGGAAGCCAUUCGAGAUGCCUCCGCUAGGUCCUCGGAUCUCCCAAUGGUGCUACCUCUCACAGCGCACCGAGGGAGGAGCAGAAGAAUGGUCCAGCUGAUCCAGGCGGUGAAAAAGGACAUAUCGAGAAGGGGGAAAGUGGCUCUCCCCAAGUUGGCCAGCUGCACGAGAAGGGUGAUGUAGAUGUUGGGAGAUUUUUCUUCCAAAGAGGAUUACGAAAGAGGAGAGGACAACUCGUGCGACAGAGCUCAAAGAGAAAGCGUCAUAACGAUUCCUAACAAUGUGGUAGCUGAUGAGAAGAAGGCGGGUGCCGUCAUUUGGAGAAAGCAUGCCGGGAAGAGCGGAAGCAGCAGCAAGAAGAAUAGGGGCGGUGAUGGCGGCGGAGGUGAUGGCGGCGGAGGUGAUGACAGCUACAGUGACGAUGGCGGCUGUAGUGGCGAUAGUGACGAGAGUGACGAUCGCGGGAACAAAAGUGGGAGUCACGCUAAGAACAAAGAAAGGAAAAAAAUUUCCCUGUUCGGUCAGGUAAAACCAGUAGACAUCAUAAACCGAGGGGUAGACGCUUACCCGAUUUUACGUAACGAACAGAAUCUAUACGUGGAUGUCCUGAUCAUCGGUUCGGGGAUCUCCGGACUGGCUGCCUCCUACUAUCUAAACAAAUGCAACGCAGAAAUUUUAGUCAUUGAAGGAAGGGAUCGAAUUGGAGGAAGAGCCUACUCCACCAUUCUUCCCGAGAGAGUAAUAAAUAACAACUUGCUCCCAGAGACGGUGGUAGAUUUAGGAGCCAAUUAUCUUCACUGUUGUGAAAAUGCAGAUGUACCAACUGAUAGUAAGGUGCAUUCAAAUAAGGGGGGAAAAACACAUGAACAGAAGUACUGUACAAAGAAGGAAACACAGUCCAUGGAAUCGGGACUAUCCAUGGGUACAGAUAAAGGUACAAAUACGAAGAGUAAAAAAGGAAGGAAAAAAAAAUAUCAUAAGAAAAAUAACAAAAGGAUGAAAUGUAGAGUUACAUCUGAUGAGAAGAAGGAAUUCGGUUCUAUGGACCCCAGUAAAAUGGACGAAAUGGAGAAACGGUUAUCAAAUAAUGUGGACUUGUUCAAGCAGCAGUAUGCCCAGUUGAUGGCACAGUUUGGAGAGAUUCCCCUGCGCGGGAGGGCCCAACAGCAAGGCAGAGAUCUCAUAGGGGAGAGUCACUCCCCCCAACAAAGUGGAAACAGGCUUGCAGGGAGAUGUACUCACCGCCUAGACGAAGAAGACGCGCAGCACUCAUAUAGCGAUUGCAAUUACUUCCAAGCAAGGAAACAAAAAAAGGAAAAGAAAAAAAAGAUCAGAAAAAAUAUCCUCUUUAUGGUGAAGUACAACAUUGAUAAUAUAUGCCACCUGUACAGCUAUAUAUACAGACAGAGGGGAUGGAAAAAAACGAAAAAAGAUUUAUUAAAAUUUUUAAAAGACAUAGAUGAAAAUACAAACAACAACCAGUUGUUAAAGAACCACAACAAUGCUCCAAAAGUGAAAAUAAAAAAUUAAAUGAGGGUGACGGGCGACUCCCCGUCGGAAAGGAAAAGCACGUUGAGGGGUCACUCCCCGUCGGAAAGGAAAAGCACGUUGAGGAGUCACUCCCCGUCGGAAAGGAGAAGCACGUUGAGGGGCGACCCCCCGUCGGAAAGGAAAAGCACGUUGAGGGGUCACUCUCUGUCGAAGAAGAAAAGCACGCCGAGGGGCGACUCUCAGUCGAAGAAGAAAAUCACGUGGAUGGGAGGAGGAGUGGAAAAAUACGACAAGGAUUCAAUCAUCUACGAAAACUAUUACGACUACGGAGAGGAGUACUAUCGAAUUGUGAAAAAGAAAACUGAAUCAACUGUAUCGACUAAGUCAACCGUGCGAAGUCAUAAAAAAGAUAUUAAUAAAACCCUUCUCUUUAAGGAAAACAACGAAAGGAGAAGCAUGUGGGAUCUAUUAAUCGAAUGCAUAGAAGAAAUACUUGAAGAAAUGAAUAUCCACCAGGGCAAUUUGUCACUCGAGGAGUGGAAAAUAUUAAUGGUUAUGUUACAGUCGAGAUAUGGCUAUGGAAGUGAUUUAAGGGAGACUUCCAUAGCCAUGUGUAGACUUCCAUUUUCUACCUACAUGGAUAUUGACGUAUGUCCAGAGUAUGGUACCGAUGAGUAUAUUUCAAAAAAUUUAAAAUAUUACAAUAAAAUUAAGAAAUGUGAACAGAUGCCGCAUGUGUCGAGGUUUAAGGAUAUCACUAGUGCUGAUCAGAUAGUCCUGGAUGGGUGGAAAUGGCUCAUCAAUUUUUUAUCUGAAGAUGUACAGAACAGAAUUCUUCUCAACACAGUGGCUGAGGUUGUUCACAUAAAGGAGGAACAUACCUUUUGGGGUAGCAACUCCAAAUUUGUACAUCAUGCUGCUCACCAGCAGGGUGAUCAUCUAUUCAUUAACACACCGGGGGAGUUCCCUCCACGUGGGGGUCCACAGGCUGGCACCUACAUGAGCAACUCCCCACAUUGUGUAAGGCACUCUACUGGGAAUUACCCAUAUGGGGAUGUCUUUUAUAAAGGUGCAACCCAUGAUGGGAAGGGGAUUCACUUUGCCCACAAGGCACAGCACACUGGGGGGUUCAAAAGGGGUCACGAAACCAUUAGCGGGGGAGAGGCCCGCCAAGGUUUCGGAGUUCUCCGAAAUCGGUGCCAACCAGGGGAAAAACAAGAAAACUAUAACGUUAUGGUGCAGUGCAAAAGCUACGACACGUCGAAGAAACAAAUCAAUAAAAAUUUUCAUGGCACAUCGGACCUGACGAAUUGCAACUAUACCAAUGUGAACAUCUUUGCCAAGUAUGUAAUUGUAGCGUUACCACUUGGGUGCUUAACAAAUAAUGACAAGAAAGAAAAAAAAAAAUCGUAUUUGCAGUUUGAACCCAAGUUACACCCACUAAAAAUGAAGGCAUUGAAUAACUAUAGAAUGGGAAACCACAACAAAAUAAUUUUACGAUUUUAUCCAUUCGAUUUUGCUUGGCCAUUUGAUAGCUUACAGCUAAAUUGUAUUGACCAGAAAUUUCAGUUCCUCAAUUUGCAUGCCUAUGGGAAAAUUGGCUGCAUUUUAGUGCACUGUUUCCCUCCCUGGUCAUGCACCUAUGGGUAUAUUAAUAAGGAACAUUACAUAGUAAACGAAUGUUUGUGCACUUUGCAUAAGAUGUUUGAAAAUACUGGAAAGAAGCUACCCAUUCUUGUUGAUUAUUUAAUUACCAAAUGGCAGGAUGAUAAUUUUUCCUUUGGUUCGUAUGCCUAUCCCUAUGUGAACUGUACUGAUAAUGAUUUAAUUUACUUGAGGGCUCCACACCCGAUUGAUAACCCUAAGGUCGUCUUCUGUGGGGAGUAUUUGUCCAAAAGUUAUUUCCAGUGUGUAGACGGAGCUUACGACACAGGCAUAAGGGCAGCUGAAGAUAUUGCACAUAUUGGAUUAAAGUUAGCAAGCAGAGACACCAAGUGGUACAAUACGGAUGUUUUUUUCUUCCCACAAGAUACGUGUCCAUUUACCAAUAUCCCUUUGCCCAAGUUAACAAAUAACUUACUUGGAUUUUACAUAACGGAUGGAAGUGAUGAAGCGCUCUCUGAUUAUGAAAGCUCUUCGCAGGAUGAAGACUUGGCGAACAUUUCGAACAUUCCUUUGUCUCUCCUCAAGGGGGAACACGAUUUUUUGUCCUACUCGCUAAACAAUGUUCUGCAAUUUUUCGACCAUCUGAAGGGUGAUGCUAUUUGCAAAUCUGAUGAUGGAAAACAAACGAGAGGUAGAGAGAGGGAGAAGCAGAGUAGCGUGGAGGGGGGUGAUAUAACUGCAGGGCAACCCCAUACAGGUAUGCUUAAGUACAAGAUGGAUUCCUCACCAUUGGAUGAGGACUUCGCCGAGGAUUUAGCCCGCAAAUGGCUCGCUUCGGGGUCAUCGGAUUUACCCCUCAACUGGCUGGCCUUGGGCACAUCGGGGUUACCCCUCGACUGGCUCUCAUUGAUGUGCUAUACACACACGGAAGGAGCGAACACUGCACAUUUCUGA